UUCACAGUUUCGCGCAGUGCCUUGUGGGUAGGUCAGAAGCCGAGAGGACGCCAUGUGCUUUUGAUGCAGAGGGACUCCCGAGGCUGUGACAGACCUGUCUUGUAGUUUUUUUUCCCCAGAGUGACACCGGGAUAAAACAGUCGUCGUGAGCAUGUAUUGUACCAGACACUGCCUCCGGACCGCGCUGCGGGCCGCAGCGAACACACACCGGCAACAGCUGCCGCGACAGGCUCCAGCCCUGUGUGCUCUCAGACUUCUGAAGACCAGCCCGGCCACCCACUCAGAUGCCAUCGCCACCCCUCCAUUAGACGGAGCACCCAAACAGUAUUCCCCCAAAAUCCAACAGCUCGUCAAUGACAUAGCCAGCCUCACUUUAUUAGAAGUGUCGGACCUCAACGAGCUCCUCAAGAAAACUCUGAACAUUCAGGAUGUUGGGAUGAUGCCGGUGGCUGCAGCUGCUCCUGCUCAGGCAGCAGAAGUGGAGGAGGCACCGGUGAAGAAGGAGCAGACUCACUUCAUAGUCAAACUGACAGAAUUAAAGGCAGCUGAGAAAGUAAAACUCAUAAAGGAAGUGAAGAACUGCAUGCAAGGCUUGAAUCUGGUGCAGGCUAAGAAACUAGUGGAGUCUCUCCCUCAGGAGAUCCGGGCCAACGUAUCCAAAGAAGAGGCGGAGAAACUGAAAGCAGCUCUGGAGGCAGCAGGCGGCACCGUGGUGUUGGAGUAGAUCUGCAUCCACCCGUCUACACCUUUAUGCUGCUUGUGCACUUCAUCGUUCAUCCUGUUAUUUUUUUUUCUACAUGACAAAGAGGAGUUACUGGAGAAUAAAGGAAACAAAUGCCUUCUGACGUCCAUACGGUCUCUUAACAGCGUCAGGUGGAGGUGGUCCAACUCAGACUGAACUUUCCAGGCACGCAGCCUGCACACGAGGCCGCCCCGCUGUUUCCUCUUCCGUUUGUCUGCUCAUGGUUCUGUCUGAUAACUCGUGUAGUGAAUAAGCUACACUAACACUGGCCUGGGUGCAAAGUAAGUCAGUCGGUUGGUCAGUUGGUCAUUCUCAGUGUGUGUAUGUUAAACUUGUCACAGAAGGAAAGAUUAUGGUGUAGGGACAUGGUCACCGUUCCCUACGUUAAAGAGCAACAGAUACUGUAUCCGGUUCAGAGGAUGGCAGGGCUCCGCCCCUCGUGUUGAUCAUGGAGUCAUUGAUUAUGUGAUUAAAGUUGAAAUAUAAAGAUG